GUUUGUUUUGACCACAAUCAUACAACUGCUGGCAACACAUCUGUUUCGGAGUGUCGAUCCACAAGGUCAGAAAAAUGGCCUCUGCAUUGUCCGAGGAACAGUUUCGGUGCAGCAUCUGUCUGGAUAUCUUCAACAACCCUGUCUCCAUCCCAUGUGGGCACAAUUUCUGCCUGGGAUGCAUCAAACGCUUCUGGGAUACGAGACAUAAGUCGGAGUGCCCACUAUGCAAGGAGGUCUUUAAAACACGCCCUGAACUCAGGAUCAACGUAGGCUUAAAAGACAUCACGGAGCAAUUUAAAAGGUCUCUGAAGGACACACCAAAAUAUAAGCCAGCUCCCACAAAGAAAAGAACCCCAAGACAACUUUCUGUGUCUGAUGACGUUCCCUGCGACAUCUGCAAGGGAGGCGAGAUAAUGGCGGUCAAGUCGUGCCUCGUCUGCCGCGAGUCCUACUGUGAAAUUCACCUGACACCUCAUCUGAGGGACCAGCUGAUGACGAAGCACAUGCUGACAGAUCCGGGCACCUUCACCACCAGUCACCUCUGUAAAAGGCACGGCAAGCUCCUGGAGAAGUUCUGCAAGACAGACAGGGCGCCUGUUUGUAUGAGAUGCACAGAGAGGGACCACAAACACCACGAGAUUAUCCCCAUGGAGCAGGAGAGCAGGAGGAUCAGGUCUCAGAUCAAGAAGAUUGGAACAGAGUUUCAACAGGUGAUCCAGGCCAGAAUCAGACAGUUUGAUGAGAUUAAGACGUCAAUGCAGCUGACCAAAAUAAAUAAAGAACGAGAGAUCCAGACAAGUGUUAAGGUCACCAGCAUGGUGAUAAGCGCCAUUGAGGGGAACCAGAGUUUGCUCCUCAGUGAGAUUGAGCAGCGGCAGCAAGCAGCUGAGAGGGGAGCGGCCGAGCUUCUCAGCAAGCUCCAGCAGGAAAUUGGUGACCUGCAGAGGGGACACGGCGAGCUGCAGCAGCUGGAGGACUCCGAGGACCCUCUUCAUCUCAUACAGUGUUUCCCCUGUCUGAGUUUUCCACUGCCCUCCAGGGACUGGUCCAAGGUCACAGUCCACUCAGACAACUAUGUAGGAACAGUGAGGAGAGCUUUCUCCAAGCUGGUGGACCUCUGCCAUGAACUAGAAAACAAACUGUCUGCAGAAGAAGUGAUUAAAGCGACUCAGUAUGCAGCGGACGUAACUCUGGAUCCGAUGACUGCUGCAGGCUGGCUGAUUCUGUCCCCAGAUGGAAAAGAGGUGAGCCUUGGCUGCCAGCAGAGGAAGCUCGCUGUCCCCGACGACCCUCGCAGGUUCGACUCCUGCGUCUCCGUUCUGGGGAAACAAAGCUUCACCUCUGGAAAACACUACUGGGUGGUUCAGGUUGGAGAUAAAACAGACUGGGAUCUUGGCGUGGCCAGGGAGUCCAUCAACAGGAAGGGGGCAAUCACGGUGCGCCCUGACAACGGCUACUGGGCGAUCUGCCGGCGGAAAGGUGGCAAUCUCAGCGCCUGUGCCGGCCCCUCCGUCGCCCUCCACCUGCAGGAAAUCCCUCAGAAAGUCGGCGUCUUCGUGGACUACGAGGAAGGGUUGGUGUCCUUCUACAACGUAGACGCAAAGACUCACGUUUACACUUACAGCGGGUGCGCAUUCACUGAGGCUCUCUAUCCGUACUUCAACCCCUGUCUUCAUGACAACGGGAAGAACACCGCCCCAUUGGUUAUCUGUCCUGUUGAGGUGUGUUACACUGAAGAGACUGUAGCAUUUUGAAUGGGAGACUCAGGGCACACUUGUCCAUGCACAUUUCCUUAGCUCUUGUGAUGCACAUUACAUUCCUGUACAGUCUACCGAAUCUCACGCAUUUAACCUCUGUUGAGUAAUUCAAACCUAGAGACUUUUGGGUACACGGUUUCACCUGGUUGUCAUGGAGUAAAAGAACAGUGGCGUGCACAGACUUUUUGAAGGGCAGGGGCGGAAAGGAAAAAAACAUAUAUAGCACACAUAUAGCGUGUCCUCGCCACUGAAGAGGGCACUUUGGCACCCGCUUUGGCUCCCA